AUGAACCAGUUGUCCAAGGAGUCGGAUUUGACGUUCAUCGGGACAGUGGGUCUUGCAGCGAAGCAGUGUGAGUAUGCAGAAGAAAAGCAGUUUGAAGAGGUGUUAAGUACUGUAGCUGAACAAGCGAAGCACAAGGAAGUAAGAAUUGCGGCUCUCAAGAUGAUGAGCCGAAAAGGUUCACUCGCGGAUUUUAUCGAUAAAGUUCGCGAAAUUGAGACAAUCCGUUUAAAUGAGGAGUACGUGUCCAAAAAGCAGGCAGUCACGGAGUCCGAUGUACUUUCGGUAAACGCUGUAGAAUCAUCGAAGGGGCUAUCGCGGUAUGCUAGUAGUAACUCGACACCCGCCUACGGUAGAACGCCAUACCAACGAUCUUUAUUGCGUGGAGGACGAGGACAGCGACCAGCAAGAGGAGGCACAGUCUGGCGAGGAUCGAGCUCUCAAGUGCCACAACGCUGUACGCGGUGCAAUAGUAUUUACCACGCAGCGGAAAGAUGUUUUGCAAUCAAUAUGACCUGUCACAAUUGCGGUGGCGUUGGUCACCUCAUUAGGGCCUGCAAUAAACCAGUCGCACCAAGAGCUAGGAGGCUACAAGAUGACCGAAAACUGGAUGAAGAUUUGUUGGAAGUGGCCGCGGUCGCAGCCAAACACGAAGCAAAGUCCGGGGAAGAGAACAUUGAGAAAUCCAUUCUGUCACGCACAAAGUCGGAAUCAGCUAAGGGAAACCGAAAUUCGGCAGGAUCGAGCGGCUCAAAAACCGCUGCCAUUCCCAGCUUCGAAGAGUUCCUUCUUCGCCGUGACUACGUGGGGGCUAAAACUGUUUUACAGUGCUCAAAAGACUAUGACGAAGUGUCCGAUUCGCUGAAGGAGCUAUGGACCGCAUUUUGCAAUUUCCACAUUGGCGACUAUAAGGACGCCUUACAGCAAUAUGAGAAAAUGUACGCCCAUGACAAAUCGCAAAAAGAAGUGGCACUGAAUGUGUGCGUUUGUAUGUUCUAUUUGGGGAUGUAUGAGGAAGCGCAAAAAUUGGUUGAAGAGCUUCCGGAAAACCCCUUGAAAAUACGAUUGUUGUUUCAUUUGGCGCAUAAGUUGAGCGAGGAGGAUCGAUUGAUGGAACUACAUGGGUCCUUGAGAGAUGUCGUUGAAGACCAAUUAAGUCUGGCUGGGAUGCACUACUUGCGAUCGCACUAUCAAGAAGCGAUUGAUAUCUACAAGCGAGUUUUGCUGGAUAACAAGGAUCUGCUCGCCUUGAACGUUUAUAUUGCUAUUUGCUACUACAAACUUGAUUACUAUGACAUAUCGCAGGAAGUUUUGGAUUUGUAUUUGAACCAACAUGGGGAUAGUACGAUUGCAAUCAAUUUGAAAGCGUGCAAUCGUUUCCGCUUAUUCAACGGGAGAGCCGCUGAACAAGAAAUUAAAAACAUUGUCGAUAAUGGAACGUUCGGUGCUGAUUUGAUCAAGCAUAAUUUGGUUGUAUUCCGCAAUGGUGAAGGUGCUCUUCAAGUGCUGCCUCAACUAAUCGACAUUGUUCCGGAAGCUCGUCUCAAUCUGGCGAUCCAUCAUCUUCGACGGGGCGAGAUACAAGAAGCCCAUCAACUUAUGAAAGAAGUUCAACCAUCAGUCCCUCAGGAAUAUAUUUUGAAGGGGGUAGUGCACGCCGCACUUGGACAAGAAACUGGAUCAAAAGAACAUCUGAAGAAUGCCCAACAGUGUCUUCAUCUGGUGGGAGGAUCAGCGUCGGAAUGCGACACUAUCCCCGGGCGGCAAAGCAUGGCCUCAGCAUUCUUCCUCUACGGUCAAUUUGAAGAAGUGCUUGUUUAUCUAAACUCAAUUCGCAGCUACUUCGUCAACGACGACGUAUUUAACUACAAUUAUGCUCAAGCGAAAGCCGCCACCGGAUACUACAAGGAAGCCGAAGAGCUGCUCCUUCAAAUCCAUGACAUCUCAAUCAAAACAGACCAUACGUACGCCAUGGUUCUGGCCAAAUGUCACGUUCAUUCUGGCCACGCAGACCAAGCGUGGAACAUUUUCUUAACGAAAGACUCAACCCCAGAAGCGUUUGCCCUUCUGCAGCUCAUCGCCAACGACAGCUAUCGGGUGGGCGAGUUUUGGGUGGCAGCAAAAGCGUUCGAUACCCUUGAGAAGUUGGAUCCCAAUCCGGAAUACUGGGAAGGUAAAAGGGGAGCCUGUGCGGGGGCAAUUCAAGCGAUUCUGGCUAAACGAUCCAGUGGGGCACCGCCGGGAGGAGUUGCCGAGGUGAUUGCUUUACUGCGGGAUUCGACAAAUACACAGGCGGAAAGCAUGCUGCGGACAAUUAGACGCUUUGCCAGUAGCAUCAAGUAGAAGCGGUGUGAGCGAGUAAAAGUUUCAACAUUGAUAGUUUGUUAUUGAUUGUGGGCUUUCUCUUGAUGAGAUAUUAUUCAUUAUAUUGCGUCAACAAGUAUUUGUUGACCAACUUUUCUGUGCAUCGAUUUAUUUGUAACUGUCCGUGGGAGGUUUACUUAUAUUUCUAUAUUCAAAA